UGGUCUGAAUUAGUUCGACACCAAGACGAGGAGAAGAGGAGCCGUUCACUUGCUUCUAGACCAGAAGCAUCACUAUCGCUUUCACCCCCUGAAGUCAGUAAGAGAAGUAUCAGUGGAGUGACAGCACUGCGGUUAUCACUUGAUCAACAACGGCGGACAAUUGAGGCCAAUCACCAGCGAGUUCUAAGGCAAGGAGGUCGUGCUGCUGCUCGACGAAAUCAGGCGGCUUUCAAGGCUCUUCUACACUCCUCACAGGUUCUUUUCUCGUUCAUUUCUUCGUCUCAUUAA